AUGGCGCGGCGGGAAGAUGGCGGCGUCCUCCCCAGGGUUGGCUCCGCACCCUCGGCCGCGGGGCUCGGCAGGGGCCGCUCGGGAGGUCCGGGGCAAGCUGGGCCCCCCGGCCCCGCCGCUCCCUGCCGCCCUGUGCUGAGUCCGCCGCCCGGCCUUGACCUCUCCAUGCUCGGCAGCUCCGCCACUGGCUCAGCAGGGCAACAUCCACAGGUAAAUAUUCCUGAGGAACAAGCAGACAAGUUGCUCCUUGCAAGCUGGGGUCUUCCCAGUGCUGUUCUGGAGAAAUACCACAGCCUGGGGGUAGUACAGAUGUUUGAAUGGCAAGCAGAAUGCCUAAUGCUCGGACAUGUUCUCGAAGGGAAGAACCUGGUUUACUCAGCUCCUACCAGUGCAGGAAAGACUCUUGUUGCAGAAUUGCUUAUUUUGAAGCGAGUCCUGGAGACUCGUAAGAAAGCUCUUCUCAUCCUUCCCUUUGUCUCUGUGGCCAAAGAGAAAAAAAGUUACCUGCAGGCAUUGUUUCAGGAUGUGAAUGUGAGAGUUGAAGGCUACAUGGGAAGCAUGUCUCCUGCUGGACGUUUCUCUGCCCUGGACGUUGCUGUCUGCACCAUUGAGAAAGCCAACGGUCUAAUCAAUAGGUUAAUAGAAGAAAACAAAAUGGACUCACUGGGAGUGGUGGUUGUGGAUGAGUUGCACAUGCUGGGAGACUCUCAUCGAGGAUAUCUCUUGGAACUCCUCCUGACCAAAGUUAGAUAUGUUACAGAGAAGCUUGCAAAACGAGAGGUGAAGACGACCAGUCCAGAUUCUGGUGGGAUACAGAUAAUAGGCAUGAGUGCUACCCUCCCUAAUCUGGGACUCCUAGCCUCAUGGUUAGACGCAGAGCUGUACUCUACAGAUUUUCGGCCUGUGCCCCUCAAAGAGUGGGUGAAAAUUGGCAGCAACAUUUAUGACUCCUCCAUGAAUUUAGUGCGAGAAUUCCAGCCCAAGCUUCAACUGAAGGGAGAUGAAGACCAUGUCGUGAGCCUGUGUUAUGAGACUGUUUGUGAUGGCCAUUCAGUCCUGCUUUUCUGUCCGUCCAAGAACUGGUGUGAGAAGCUGGCAGGCAUCAUUGCCAGGGAGUUCUACAGUUUGCAACAGGCUGAGAGUUCUGGAAAAAACUCAACCCUGGCCCCAGUGGCUGUGGACAGAGAAGGGAUCGAUGAGGUUCUGGAGCAGCUGAAGCGUUCUGUCUCAGGCCUGGACUCUGUGCUCCAAUGUACUUUGCCAUGGGGAGUGGCAUUUCAUCAUGCAGGUCUUACUUUUGAUGAACGGGACAUCAUUGAAGGAGCCUUUCGCCAGGGCUUGAUCAGAGUCCUAGCAGCAACCUCCACUCUCUCAUCUGGAGUGAAUUUGCCAGCACGCCGAGUCAUUAUACGCACUCCCAUGUUUGGUGGCAAACUGCUGGACAUUCUCACUUACAAGCAGAUGGCUGGAAGGGCUGGCAGGAAAGGAGUAGACACAGAGGGUGAGAGCAUUUUAGUUUGCAAGCCCUCAGAAAGAUCAAAAGGAACUGCUCUACUGCAGGGAUCUCUCAAGCCUGUUCGCAGUUGUUUGUUUAGAAGAGAAGGGGAAGGUGUUGCUUCCAGCAUGAAAAGAGCAAUACUUGAGAUCAUAGUGGGGGGAGUGGCCAGCACUCCAGAUGAUGUGAAGACCUAUGCUUCUUGCACUCUUCUUGCAUCAAGCUUGAAAGAAGACAAGUGGGAAAAUGAGAAAGCACAAGACAAAGUGCAGACUGGACCUAUUGAAGCUUGCGUAGCUUGGUUGCUAGAAAAUGAAUUCAUUCAGGUUCUGGACUCUGGCGAUGAUGUGAAAGCAAAGGUUUAUCAUCCAACACAUCUUGGCUCAGCUACCCUUUCCUCUUCUCUUUCACCAACUGAAGCCAUGGAAAUCUUUGCUGACCUGCAGCGAGCUAUGAAAAGCUUUGUUCUGGAGAAUGAUCUACAUAUUGUCUACCUGGUCACCCCAGUGUAUGAGGAGUGGACUGCAAUUGACUGGUACCAGUUUUUCUGUUUAUGGGAGAAGCUGCCUGCCUCAAUGAAACGUGUGGCUGAGCUGGUGGGGAUUGAAGAAGGUUUUCUGGCUCGCUCUGUAAAGGGCAAAAUCAUUGCUAGAACAGAGAAACAGCACAGACAAAUGGCCAUUCACAAAAGGUUUUUCACCAGCCUUGCCCUUCUGGAUUUAAUCAGUGAGGUUCCCUUAAAGGAUAUGACCAAGAAAUACGGCUGCAGUCGUGGCCAGCUUCAGUCCUUGCAGCAAUCUGCUGCCACCUAUGCAGGAAUGGUAACGGUUUUCUGUAAUCGACUGGGCUGGCACAACAUGGAGCUGUUGCUCUCUCAGUUCCAGAGCCGCCUCACUUUUGGGGUUCACAGGGAGCUUUGUGACCUGGUACGAGUGUCUCUGCUGAAUGCACAGCGUGCCAGGAUGCUGUACAACGCUGGCUUUGUCACAGUGGCUGAUGUUGCUAAAGCCAGUCCUGAUGAGGUGGCAACCGCUCUGAAGAAUUCAGUACCAUUUAAAAGUGUUCGUAGGGCUGUGGAUGAAGAUGAAGAAUCAGCAGAGGAGCGUCGGACUGUGCGCAGCAUCUGGAUGGCUGGAAUGAAAGGUUUAACUGAAAGAGAAGCAGCUUCCCUCAUUGUGGAGGAAGCCAGGGGACUUCUCCAGCAGGAUUUGGCACUGAUGGGAGUGCAAUGGAACCCAGAGUCUUUUCUUGAGACUGAUACAUCUUCUGUGAUCAGCAGUGAGUCAGAACGGGAAGACAGACUACAUAGAUCGAGUAGAGAGCAGUCUUCUGAGUCUUCAAGGGUGUUAAACAAGAAAGGCUGCAGAGUUGAACGUUGUAACGGCCUUGGUUCUCAAACUGGAAACUUAUCCCUUACUAAAAAGGGACACAAAAGGCGACUAAGCAGUAGUACAGAAAGCUCUAGCUUUGAGAGUGAACUCCCAGGCAGGAGACAGGCUCAAGCAGAGGAAGGCAGUGAUGAUACUGUGUGCAGUGCUAGGAAACGGCCAAAUAGGUGUGGAGAUAAUGCAAAUGUAGAAGGAGUUUCUCUGGUCAAACCCAAGCUGGAUUCUGGAAGAGCAAUUCCAGUACUCCCUACUGAAGAAGCAAAAACGCCAGCACUGAGAACAAAGUCUUCAGCCUCUAGAUUGCUAAAAAGUGUGGACAUGCAUUUAAACAGGACUAGGAACAGAAAUACUGCUUCAAAACUGCAGAGGUCACUUCUUGAAGAUUCAAAUACACUUACCAUAGACAUACCAAAGCCACCUGCUUUCCACCCCACUGUUUCAACAGAUAAUCAUUUUUCAGACCAAAAUAGUAAGAAAUCUGUGGAAACAGGGUCUGGAGGUCAUCAGCUCUCAAAUUCUGUACAGAUGGGGGAAAUAAACCGUGAGAGAAAAGACAAAAUGGAAGAAUUAUUUCCAGAGCCUACCACCACCAAUGAAGGACUGCCUAAGGGGAGAGUGUGUUUGCAGGCACCUGAUGCAUUGCAGGGUACUCCACGCAUUAAUGUGGAGAAACAUAAUACUGCAAGAAGUCUGGUAAUACCUGGCAGUGCAAGGAUACAGAAAACCAGUACUAAUAAGCAGAAUGAAAUGAGUAAAAUACAAACAGACGCAGGAUGUGCUGAGAUGAUGAUGGGUAAGCAUUUUUGUUCUGGUGAGGAUAAAUCCUGCCAUAUUCAGAUUCAGAAUAGCGACCAAAAUGGGAGUGAGAAGCCCAAUGGAGUAUUGCCACAAGCUGGAGCAUUGCAGAAAGCCAGCAGUCAUCCUAAAGGUUCUCUAGUAAAAUCCAGAGGUGUUUGCAAUGCAGCUGAAGUUCGUAAUGGUCCAUCCUCUCAUCUGUUUUCUGACUGUAGGGACUUUGAAGAUAGCUUCCAGUUGGAUACUCAAACUGAGAUGCUAAUAAAACAGGAGGGAGCAGCUGGAAUCACUGGACAGCAGGGAAUACAAGGCUCAGAGCUGGCUGCAAUACCACAGCAGGAAAUCCCCAGGAAACUGAGCACUUCACGGACUGAUAAUGCUCCUGAUGAGAAGCUGACUGCAACACUUAGGAAACUGGGCUUAUCGAGUCUUAUCACUACAAAUAAUAUCACAAAAACCACAUCUCAGCACUGCAGUAAUAACUUGUUGGAGUCUGGAGGCCUUAAUUUCCAGCCCAUUGUGAAGGAAGCAGAAUCUGUGCAUUUCCUUCCAGGAAGUGAUUUCUCAGUGACUGACUCUCAGCUACACAGCUUUCUGCAAGAUUUCCAGACCCAAAAGUCAGUGAAAGGAGAGAGUGUGUCCAAAGACCUUCAUAAAGCAACCUCCCCUUUUGGCAGGGAGCACAUGCAAGUAGAAUGCAACCCUGUCCCUGAAACAAGCCUGAAUAUGAGUGAUAGCUUGCUGUUUGAUGAUAGCUUUGGUAAUGUCAAUGACCUUCCAGCUGCUCACAUCACGGAACCUGAUAGAAAGGACCCUGUGGAGAAGCAAGAGGCUUUGCUUCCUCCAGAUGGUCUUUUGCAGAACCUAAGGCCUCUUCAGAAUAAAUUUGAUGUCAAUGGCAAUCAGAAAGAGCAUGGGGAUCCUGUGCAGCCUACCAGUGUGUCUCCAACAUUCUCUGAUAUAAUAGCUGAAGUUUUAGAUCAUGCAAACUCCCCGUCUUUUCUCAGAGAUCUUCCUUCUACAUUUCACAGUCAGUCAGGAUUAAGAAACCCAGUGAUUUCUAGCAGUGAUCCUUGUCCAAAGGCUCUAGCAGAAGAUCAAGGUGAGAAGCUCCAGAGAAGCCAUCAAACUGUAGACAAGAAUAUCCAUCCAGCAGUGUGGACUGACCACUCAUUUGAAUUAAGCCCGGGAUUGCAGGAUGUAUUAGACAAAUGGCCUGGUGCCUCAGGCACUGAACUGCUUUCAGUAAGCUCCUGUUUGAAAGGAAAGCUGAUUGCUCCUGUUAAUCAAGAGCAAGAUCCAGGUUUAGAAUCUGGCUGUUGUCAGCCAGAGCCUUUGCCCACUCGCCAGCACUCGGUAAACUCUUUCAAGGUUAAAGAAAAUGAAAGAGAAAAGUUGGGUCUUCAGAAAACAGAUUGCGUAAUGCGUCCAUUGAGGGGAACCAACAGAACAUCCUGUCCUCCACCAGACAGGAACAACAGGCUUAUUCCUCCAACACCCUGCAAAGAACCUUUUCUGACGAGUUCUUUUUCUCUCCCUGUGACAUCUGCAAGGAAGAGAAAAGUCACCUGCUUGCCUGAAGGGCAGCUGAUUCAGCCACAGCAGAAUAGUAAGGACAAUGCAGAGCAGCAGGUAAAAACACUCCAGGUCAAUCUUGGAAGUGUAGACUCGAUUGAGACUGAUGAGAUAAAAGAUGAUUCCACUGUAGACGAAGGCUUUUCGCUGCAGCUCUCUCAGGAUGUUUUUCCACUUGUUCCCCUAAGUGCUGAAAGUUUCACUAUCAUUGAUGUAGCAAGUAACAAAGAACUUUUCCAGACUUUUGUUGCAGAGUGGAAGAAGAAGAGCAGAUUCUCCAUCUCAGUGGCAUGUGAAAGGACAAAAUGUCUUUUGUCUCCCAAAUCAACGAUUGGGGGCAAAUUCAGACAAGCAAGUUCUCCUCAGUGGAUGCAAGUUAAAGAUGACGGAUUUCCUGUCCAAGGCUCUGAAGACAUCCUGGUAGUUGGACUGGCAGUAUGUUGGGGUGGAAAAGAUGCCUACUAUAUCUCUUUGCAGCAGGUGGAAGACCAGACUGAAAUCAGCAUGAGUUUGGCACCGCCACCUUUGGACAAAAACCUGUCUGUAACAGAGAGACUGUAUCACCUGCAGCUGUACCUGCAGAAGAAGCCCCAGCAGGAGCGCUCGCUUGUGAUGUAUAACUUCAUUCAACACUACAAGACUCUGCUGAUGGCCUGUGGCAUCUCCUUGGAAGGAAGUUUUGAGGACCCAAAGGUUGCGUGUUGGCUGCUUGAUUCUGGCUCUAAGGAACGGACACUCCACAACAUGGUGAUCAACUUUCUCCCCAGCGAGCUACCUCUACUGGAAGGGGUGGGCACCGGCCAAGGGGUGCAGAGCCUGGGGCUUAGUGCCAGCGCAGAUCAUUCUGGACGGUACAGAGCAGCGAUAGAGUCUGUGCUUUGCUUCAAUGUCAUGAACCAGCUCCAUAAUGAAUUACAGAAGGAAAAUCUGACAGAUGUAUUUUCUAAAGUGGAGAUGCCCUCCCAUUACUGCUUGGCUCUGCUGGAGCUGAAUGGCAUCGGCUUUAGCACAGCGGCAUAUGAAACCCAGAAACAAGUCAUGCUAGCUAAGCUGAGUGAGCUUGAGACCAAGGCAUAUCAGCUGGCAGGCCACAGCUUCUCCUUGACCAGCCCUGAUGACAUUGCAGAGGUUUUGUUCCUGGAGCUGAAGCUGCCACAGAAUGGAGAUGUGAAGGUUCAAGGGAACAAGAAAACUCUGGGUUACACCAGAAGAGCAACUGCUAAGGGAAACAGGCUUAGGUUAAGCAAGCAGUUGAGUACAACCAAGGACGUUUUGGAGAAAUUAAAGAAACUUCACCCAUUGCCAGGGCUGAUACUGGAAUGGAGGAGGAUCAACAAUGCCAUUACUAAAGUGGUGUUCCCACUACAGAGGGAAAAGCGAUUGAAUUCUGCAUUAGGAAUGGAAAGGAUAUAUCCAGUGUCACAGACUCACACAGCUACAGGUCGAAUAGCCUUCACAGAGCCAAAUAUCCAGAACGUGCCAAGAGAUUUUGAGAUUGAAAUGCCAGCUGUGGUUGAAGAAAGCCCACCCUCCGGAACCCAUGGAAAUGUUAAUUCUUGUGCUGUUUCUGGGGCCAGAUACAGAAAGUGUUCCAGUAUUGUACCUAAUGGCCUGAAGGUUCAAGCUGAAGACAGAUCCAAAGAAAGAGGAAUACCGUUUUCUGUUAGCAUGAGGCAUGCCUUUGUUCCCUUCCCAGGUGGCUUAAUCUUGGCUGCCGAUUACUCUCAGCUUGAACUAAGGAUCCUUGCACAUUUGUCUUGCGACUCUCGACUCAUUCAAGCCUUGAACAGUGGUACUGAUGUCUUUAAGAGUAUUGCCGCAGAAUGGAAAAUGAUUGAUCCUGAAGCUGUUGGAGACAGGACCAGGCAACAAGCAAAACAGAUAUGCUAUGGAAUCAUCUACGGAAUAGGAGCAAAAUCUUUAGGCGAGCAGAUGGGGAUUGAUGAAACUGAAGCUGCCAGUUACAUUGAAUCCUUCAAGUCGAGAUACACAGGGAUACAGAAAUUCUUGAGGGAGACAGUGAGGAACUGCAGAAGAGAUGGAUUUGUGCAGACCAUCCUGGGAAGACGGAGAUACCUGCCAGCUAUCAAAGAUCCAAACCCCUACAGUAAAGCUCAUGCAGAGCGACAGGCUGUGAACACAACUGUUCAGGGAUCUGCUGCUGACAUUGUCAAAACAGCCACUGUGAACAUUCAGAGGCGCCUGGAAGCUUUCUCCUCCGUGAUCAAGUCCCAUGGACAUCUGGAGAGCUUCCUCCAGAGAGAUCAGACUGGAAGCCUAGUGAGGAAGAGAAACAGAGGGAUGGUACAUCCCAUCAGAGGAGCUUUCUUUAUCCUCCAGCUCCAUGAUGAGCUCCUCUAUGAAGUUGCAGAGGAAGAUGUCAUCCAGGUCGCCCAGAUUGUCAAGCACGAGAUGGAAAAUGCCAUCAAGCUCUCAGUAAAGCUGAGUGUUAAAGUGAAAAUUGGACCUAGCUGGGGAGACCUGCAGGACCUGGAGCUCUGAGGUGGAACUGGGUUGGUUUGUGUGCUGUGGACUGGGCAGGCCCAGUGCCUGUGACAGACCUGUGUGCGGUGGCACCCUCCUGUACUGAGUCCGUACACGUUGUGGCAAGCUACCUCCUGAGAUGUGUGAUUGAAGCUGGUAUGAAUUCACUGAGUCAAACUCUUCAAAGGUCAGGCAGCACUGUGGAGCACGGACAGAACUGGGAGAUGAUUAAUUGUUAAAAACAUAAGAUUUCGAUGAAUUCUGUUAAAAUAUGCUUGAUCCUGCCUUUUAAAACAGA